AUGGAGAGCAACAAAGCUAACUCAACCUCCAAUGGAACUAUUAAUGUUGCUACUAGUUCAACCCCUACUAAUAUGCCAAGAGAUGGAAGCACGACUGAAAGUAUUAUUGGUAGUAUCCUGUCCCAAAUUGAGGAACGCCAGACAGCCUACCAAGAACAUGUUCAUAGAUAUCGUGCUCUUUUUUCUUCUAAUGCUAGUGGAGAGAGAAUGACAGAUGUGGUCAACUCAUCUACACAAACCAUGAUUCCAGUUAAGUUUCUUCACUUUACCAAGGAAGGAGAAAGUGACUUGGAAGAAGAUGACGGGCAAAAUCUUAAUAGGGAGAAUAUGUCUUAUCAGGCCUUAUUUGAACACCACAAGCGUAUAAAUAUUGGAUUGAGAGUUAGAGCUUUUGAUUUAAGCAUUAAGCUCCAUAAAUACGAGUCGCCCAAGUCAACAUGUCUGGACAACAAGGAGUGUUGUUCCAUCUGCUUGGAUGACUAUUGCGACAGGGAUGAACUCGCAGAAAUCGAUUGUAGCCAUGUAUAUCAUGUUGAUUGUAUUAAAGAGUGGAUCAAGCUCAAGAACUCUUGCCCUAUUUGCAAGAGGGAUGCGUUGGCUAUUCUAACCUGA